CAAAAUCAGCUGGCAAUUGGCGAAUUUUCAAACUGUCAUUUAAAAAUGCUGAUGAUAAUAUGUUUGCGGCAGGUGUUUCUAGCUUUCAAUAUAUAAGACAAAAAAGGAAAAGGAUUUAUAAAGUAAAAAAUGACUUUUAUGGAAGAUACACUGAUAAUUUUAAUAUCCCAGUCGAUAUUCUUUGUAGGUGGAUGGAUAUUUUUCGUGAAACAAUUGUUUCGAGACUAUGAAGUUCACCAUACACUUGUACAACUUAUAUUUUCUGUUACUUUCGCGCUGAGUUGUACGAUGUUCGAGCUUAUUAUAUUUGAAAUCAUAGGAUAUUUAGAUACAAGUUCCAGAUAUUUCCAUUGGAACUUUGGUCUUUACUCCUUGUUGUUUAUGGUAAUUGCUCUGAUACCAUUUUACAUUGCCUACUUCUGCAUCAGUAAUAUAAGAUUUGUGUCUAAGAAUAUUAUAAGACCAUUGACAAUGUUUGUGUGGUUUAUUUAUUUGUAUUUCUUUUGGAAAAUCGGAGAUCCCUUCCCUAUAUUGAGUCCAAAGCAGGGUAUAUUUUCAAUAGAACAAGGAGUGUCUCGUAUAGGUGUCAUAGGGGUCACUGUUAUGGCAUUAUUGUCAGGUUUUGGUGCUGUCAAUUAUCCAUACACUUCAAUGGCGAUAUUUAUAAGACCAGUGACACAAGCAGAUGUAUUAUCAAUAGAGAAAAAGUUACUACAAACUAUGGAUAUGAUAUUAGUGAAGAAGAAAAGGAUAGCACUAGCGGAGGCUAACAGUAUGGGAGGGAGACAGCAAUACAAUCUGUUGGACCAAUCCGGUGUGAAAAAUAGAGGAUUUUGGACGAAUAUUUUAUCUAGUGUUGGCAGCAUUGCUAAUCCCCUCAGUCAUGGAAGUGAGAAUAUAUCCCAGCUGCGUCAGGAGACGCUAGGUCUGGAGGAGCUGAGCCGGCAGCUGUUCCUGGAGGCGCACGCGGCGCGCUCCAUGCGAGACAAGAUACACUGGUCUAAAACAUUCCAAGGGAAAUACUUCAAUUUCCUUGGUUAUUUCUUCUCGCUUUAUUGCAUCUGGAAGAUAUUUAUUUCAACAAUCAACAUAGUACUGGACCGCGUGGGGGCGAAGGACCCGGUGACCCGCGGUCUGGAGCUGGUAGUGCACUGGCUGGGCCUGCGCCUUGACGUCGCCUUCUGGUCGCAGCACGUCUCCUUCCUGCUCGUAGGAUGCAUCGUGCUCACUAGUAUACGUGGACUGCUCCUCACACUUACAAAGUUUUUCUACAAAAUAUCGUCAUCGAAGUCUUCAAAUAUCAUAGUACUUAUACUCGCUCAGAUAAUGGGCAUGUACUUCUGUUCGUCUGUACUGUUGAUGAGGAUGAAUAUGCCGCCAGAAUAUCGUAUAAUAAUAACUCAAGUGUUAGGAGAUUUGCAGUUUAAUUUCUACCAUAGAUGGUUUGACGUAAUAUUCCUUGUCAGUGCCUUGACUAGUAUUUUUACUCUGUACCUCGCCCAUAAACAACCAUCUGUCAGCUAGAAUUGACAGACGUCGGCGGCCAACCUUGCGGAAUAAACUGUCAGUGUUAAAUAAGAAAAGUGUGUUUUUAUCUGUGAUUUGUUGUG